GCGGCCCCGUAGCCAUUAACCGGAGACAAGGCGCCAUGUUGGUCGUGGGCGCGCUCCGGAUUAUCUCCUAAUUUUUGCCACAUGUACGCUGCUUGGCGGCCGUGAGGUGUUACUCCCUUGUAUUUUGUUCAGUGCAAGGUGCAGUGCUUGCUCUGGUGCCCACUUAACGCUCGGCUUUCUUGCCGGAGGUGGAAAUAAUCGGCGUGGAGCCUAGCAAGGAACAGUUUACGUUUGUGUUUGUUGUGAAAUAGAAUCGAUAUGGUUGUUGGCACAAAUUCAGUCCUUGAACGAUUGACCCCCACACUGUGUCACCGUCGCGAGUGAACCCCAUCAUGUGGGGUGUCGUAGCAAAGCUCGUGAGCCCAGUAUUGCCAUAGUGAGUGAAUUAGAGAAGGAAAGUGCACCGGAAAGGAGAAAAGUGGAUGAAUGUGAUGUGCGGGAGUGCUGGUGAGAGUGAGCGCCGACAAAGGACACUCACCAGCUGAUGGAUGUUCCACACAUUUUUUGAUCCUCCGGAAGUGCAUAUUACUAACUUUUUCCCAUCGAAAUAACAAGUCAUUCUUGUGUGCAAAAUAAUGUUUUAUCCUAGUGCUCUAAGGAAAAGUGAAUUGCUAAUAUUGUGGAAAAAGAAAAUGAUCAGUUGUGGGCAGUGAUGAAUAGAACAGUGAUUUGAAAUAAGUUACUUAGUAUUACUGUAUAGAAAAGUUUUCCUGGAUUUUACCAGUAAUGAGAACGUCUGUAGUGUAGUGCCAGUGUCAAGUAUUCUGCCAUGGAUCUCAGUGUCAGGUGUGACCUCGCCGUUUGCUGAUCAAGGGCCUGCGUGAACUGCUCUACGAAGUAGACCACUGGGAGAUAUGCCGUUACACUUGGGUGACAAUCCCUGGAAAAUAAUUGGAAGUGGCAGAUUGCUUUCUAAGUGGACUGACAGCGUACCAGCAAGGCUCACUUGCCAAGGCGGGGCGAUGAAGAAGAAGAAGAGGGAAGUGAGCAGAGUGCUGUGAACAAUGGGUCAUUGACAUCUGAGGAGGCUGUAGAUGAUCAGGACGAUAGUGGAAUUCAAGAGUCCAGAGAAGGAGACAGUGGGGCAGAGAAUUGUAGUGCUGUUAUGGAUCUCUCGGGCAGUGUCCCACCAUCUAAUAAGAGACACAGAGAAGGUGAAGAUGACUCCGAGGUAUCCGGCGAAUGUGAGGCGCCACCUACAUCUCGACCCCGGCUGACUUCCACCCCUGAAGCCAGUGUCAAUCAUGUCGAGAACUACCAACUUUCUUCUGACUUGGCAGAUGAUACUCCGAAGGUGAAUGGAAUCAGCAAUGGGUAUGAGAGUGACAGCAAUGGUAUCAAUGAUGUCAACGAUGACGAUGAUGAAAUGCCACCAGUCCCACCCAUCAAGGAGCUGAGCCCAGAGGAAUUGGCUGAGAAGAUGAAGCUGGUUCAUCGACUGCAGGUAGAGCUUCGCAAUGAGGAGAUGAAGCUGGUACUCCUCAAGAAGGUCAGGCAGUCCCAGGUUAUGAAGGAGAAUGUUAGUGCAACUGCUAAUGAUGCCAAAACAGCACUGACAAAACUUCCGUCGAAUACUACAGCUACUAAGCUGCCACCUUCACAACCUCCACCUCUAAUAAAACACGACUUGGGUGCCAAGGCCUCGUCUUCGGCAAUACCAGCACAUAUAAAAGCAUCACGCGAAUAUAAGCAACAGAUAAAGAAUAUGACAUCUGCAGCGUCUGCAGAUGCAUUAUCACCAAGUGCACUGCAAGCCCAAAAACAUCUGUUGGCUAGGGAUUCAUUUUCUUCCUCAGGCACUACGUUAACUAGUACUGGUGGUGGAAAUGGUUCCAGUAACAGUAGUAGCAAGUCCAGUAAUGGAGGUAGCAGUGGCAGUUCCAGCAACUUGUUAACGGGACUACCGUUGAAUAUUAACCUUCCAUUCAACUUGUCGCGUGAAGUGGAGAUAAUUCGCAAAGAUUCUCCAGCAUCGUCUUCGUCUCCUGGCCCAGGGCCAUUGGACUCUCCCUCUCAGGUGUCCAUCUCCAAGGUGCGGACGUCCACCCCUCACACCUCCCAUCCAUCAGCCGACCGUGCCCUCAUAAAGCCAGUGAGCAGUAGUAGCAGUAGCAAUAACAGCAACAGUAGUAGCAACAGAAUGGAAGAUACUCACACCCCUGCCCAAAGGCAAGCCGCGGCACGUCUGGCUCUUCGGAAGCAAUUAGAGAAGACGCUGCUCAGGAUUCCACCUCCUAAACCACCACCUCCAGAGAUGCAUUUCAUCCCAAAUCCAAACAACACAGAAUUUAUAUACUUGUUGGGUCUUGAGCAGUGCGUAGAACAUAUACUCUUGAAUGGCAAGAUGUCAGAUCCCCACCCUACACCCUUCAUUUGUACACAGUGUGGCACCGACUUUACCCCAGCCUGGAAAUGGGACAAGGCUUCACUGAAAUCCAAAGUUAAGGGUGAAAAUGGAAGAGACGUGAAGGUAGUGUGCGAGCUGUGUGUCACGACUAAUAUCAAGCAGGCGCUCAAGCAGGAACACACAAAUCGUCUCAAAGCUGCAUUUGUGAAAGCUCUGCAACAAGAACAGGAGAUAGAGGCCCGUAUGGCGCAGGUAUGGGCACGUAAGGCCCAGAGACAUUACCGGAGAGAGAUCAACAAAAGCUCUACGGUCCCAAAUGUAUACGACCGAGAGGAACGCCGCAGAUCGGGUGUCAUGGCUGAUUCAAGUGACUUCUUGACAGUAGGAGGGAGGGGGUCGUCAUCUUCGGUGGUCAUCUUACAACGUCAGGCAUCACCUCAACCAGAUUUAUCCAGUGCAUCAGUAUCUAUGACUCCGGUCACGGCAUCAAUACCAUCGCCAUCUGCUCGACUUCCCGCCAGUGUAUCAGUAACUGCAGUGAAGUCUGAUUAUGGACAUAGCUCUAGAAGCUCUAGCCAUCGCUCAUCACCCUCAGUGGCAGCACAGCUCCAGCUGCAGCGUGAACGAGAGAGACAAAAGGAAAGGGAAAGAGAAAAAGAAAGGGAAAGAGAAAGAGAGCGAGAAAGAGAACGUGAGAAAGAAAGGGAGAGGGAACGUGAGCGUGAGAGGGAAAGGGAACGUGAGCGUGAGAGGGAAAGGGAGAGGGAACGAGAAAAGGAGAGGCACCAACGUGAGAAGGAGCAGCGGGAGAGAGAACAGCGGGAAAGGGAACAAAGAGAAAAAGAAAUGUUUUUGCCACCAGGUUUGACAAAACAGCAAAAAGAACAGUACAUGCAAAGUAUGACUGCAGCAGCGGCAAUGGCUGCUGCUAUGUCCAACCCUGCUACACUACAACAGUUACAGGCGGCUCAGCAACAGAUGCUUAGAAUGCAGGGAUUAGGUAAUGCAGCGGCUGCUGCAGCUGCAGCGGCAGCUGCUACCCAACAGUUACCUGCUCAUAUGUUAGCCCCUUACUUACUUGGACCAUACAACCCAUUUGGCCUUGGUCAGCUGCAACAAUUAAUGGCUGCAUCAGCAGCACAGCUAGGAGUCCCCCCAACUUCUUCAGCCCCUUCAACUUCCAGCAGUAGUAAUAGCAACAGCAGUAACAGCAGUAAAAGUUUAGCUCAACAACAGCAACAAGAAAUAAUGCGUCAAGCUGCAGAAGUUCAUCGUCAGUACCUAUUGGAUAUGAUACCUUCAGGGGGUCUGCAUAGCCAGCAGUCCCACUCUAAAUGGAAGAGCUGAUGGGCAGGCGCCUGGCCAGCCUCCCUGUCAUCAGCCCCCACCAGCCUCUGCCAGUACUGCUGAUGGGACAGUGCUGCUGCUGGUGGAUAGUGGGACAAAAGGACCCUCAGUGACAGUGACUCGAGUGUUCAGCCUAGCUAUGGCCUGCCCACCUUUAGUGUUGUGCCUCGGCCGCAGUUGGGCCAUGCUGCACCUGGGGUUCCUAGUCACAUUAGGAUAAGGAAGCUCUCUGUGAUGUGACCAGUGAGUGAGGGGUACUGCUGGUGUUUGGCCAACCCUUGACCGUAGCACAACCAGCCAUGAUGGUUGCCCUGUAGCAGUGCCAGUUGGUCACCCAGACCAGAGGAGUUGUAUGGAGAGUUUCAGACACGAAGAAAAUGCAUCUUUCACAGAUACCUGAGACAGCAAGAAGGUAGCCCUACUCCUGGACUACUGGUAACAAUAGGCAACCUUCCACAGUGAACUAUAGUGAAUGACAAUUAUGGUAUUACAUGACCACAUCCCUAAUUUAUUUCUGUUGUCAUUUGUUGUCCAUUACGGUGCAAGGGAAUAUCUUUUCUUCACCAUUAAUCUGUAUUGUUACAUAGUUGUAGGGUGUCAUGAGACUGUGAGCAAAGUGCCGUGCACACAUCUUGCUCUGUAUGUCUCUUGACUGCAUCUAUGGGUCUCGCAUGGUCUAGUUUCAUUAGAGUAAUAGUGACACAGUGGUAAUGCAACAAACCAAGGUACUUUCCCUGCACUGAUCAUUUGUUCUUCAUGUGAUAUAUUGUGUUUGUUUCAACCUUUGUUCAGCACAAGGGUGGGCAGAUUCGCACAAACUGACCAGUGUGCUGUUCUGAACCAGUCUCCAUAUUAUUGAACAGCCAACAUCUAUGUGAUUGGGAUCAUGUAAUCUCAUCCGGGCAGUUGUCUGCGUGUGACUACGGCGAGGCUUAUCCAGGAACCGGGAUCCCCUCCCCAGAUAAGGUUUGUCAUCAGUGGGCAUAAAAACAUCCGUACUACUGGCCUGAUAUAUGCUAUUGGGUCACAGACAGUAUAUCAGAAGGUGUAAGCAUUUAUUAAAUUAUAUAUGAGUUAUGUACAAAGUCUUCAUUGGAUGCAAUGUAACCUAAAGUUAUGGCAUCUUAACUAUCCUUUGUUAAAUGUUUCAUAUUAUGGUGUUGCAGUAAGGCUUCAGUUUAAAGAUUUAUUUACAAUGUAAUAUAAAAUUUGAGCAAGGUUAUGAAAAGCUGUCACAUGGGAUUUUUUUUAAAUAUGUAUAGUAUAUAUUUUUUUUAUUGAAGAAUAUUAGGGGCGUUUGGUUGGUGUAUGAGGGCCCUGGUUUCUGGCCUCGCCAUUACCCAGGGGAUUCCAGUUAUCUGUUCACUUCCAUUAUAAUUGUCAUCACUCCCGUUUUCAUAGCCAUGGCUGAGUUUCAGAUUCAUGUAGGCUAGUGUUUUCACUUCAUAAGUAAGAUAAAUAGGGCCUUUUUCAAUAAAGAUGAUCUGAAAAACCGAAUUAA